GGCUGUGCUGGUCGUGUUCGUCGCGUUCACUUCUGGCCCUCUGUAUUGUGUUGUUUAUCUUAUUUGGAGAGAAUUACAAAAACGAGAUGGCUUUAGGGUUUGCAUUCAACAACAGAGCAGUGCCAACUGUAAUUCCUGUCAGUGGCUUCAACGCUGUCGAGGACGCCGUGGCGCUGCGUCAGGCGAUGAAGGGGUUCGGAACUGAUGAACAAGCCAUCAUAGACAUUCUGACCAAGCGAUCCUACAACCAGAGACAGGAGAUCUCCAAAACAUACGCUACGGAGAUUGAACGAGAUCUGAUUCGGGACCUGAAAAGUGAACUGUCUGGCAAUUUCAAAAAGGUUAUUAUCGGACUGAUGACUCACCCAGUAGAAUAUCUUUGUGAACAACUCCACAAUGCGCUGACGGGGAUUUUGAGAUGUAACAAAAUGGCCCUGGUUGAGAUUUUAUGUACCCGCGACUACAAGGAGAUCAAACAAAUCAAUGACACAUAUGAAAUAUUGUACAAAAGACCAUUGAUAGAACACGUAUGUAGUGUGACCAGUGGAGACUUCAGAAGAUUUAUGACUUUGAUUGCAACGGCUGUAAGAAAUCAACCAAUGCAAGUGUGUCCGGAGAGAGCCAGAGAACAGGCUGAAGCUCUUUAUGCAGCAGGAGAAGCAAAAUGGGGUACCGAUGAAGCUGUUUUCAACAAAAUCUUGGCCCACGAAAGCUAUGGCCAGCUGAAAUUAGUAUUUGAAGAGUACAAGAAGAUAUCAGGACGAACAAUCAAACAGGCGCUGCAAAGUGAACUGAGCGGAUCUUUGCUGGACGCCAUGUUGGCAGUGGUGCAAAAUAUAGAAAAUCCAAAAACCUUUUACGCCAACCAACUUUACAAAGCUAUAGAUGGACUGGGAACUGACGACGCCACCUUGAUCCGUAUCAUCGUCAGUCGCUGUGAGAUUGACCUUGGCAAUAUCAAGCAGGAAUAUGAGCGACUCUACGGGAAAACUUUGGAGAGUGAUGUCAAGGGUGAUACGUCUGGAGACUACAUGAAAACUCUCGUUGCGCUCAUCGGCGGUCCCUGAUGUAACUUAUCAAUGUUAACAAAUUAAACUCAAGACUAAUACUCUAUUUUUAUUCGAGUUUUGACAGAAAAUGUGUAAGCAAGCUUAGAGCACAUUAUAGCUAGUGUUAAAUAAGUAAAUGAAAAGACUCGAAACACUCAGGAAAUGUGAAAUGUGGCCAAUCUUAAAUUAUCCUGCAAUAUUUUGUUCAAACUUAUGAGGUACAAUGAUAGUAACUUGUGAGCUUUUGGGUCUGUUCGUAUAAGAUCUGUUUUAAGGUAUUAUUAGUUAAGAUCAAGUAAUAUGUUGUAUUUAUAAUGAGUGAAAUGUAUAUGACGAAUGUCAAUAUUCACCAAAGAUGUUUUAUCAUAUGACAAUGAGCUGUU